AAACAGUCUGCAGAGGGAGAGGGAGAGAAGAAGACAGGGGAGUCCCAAAGCAGAAGAAGAGAAAAGAGGAGAGCAAGAGAGAGUGAAGGAGAGACAGAGGAGAGGAACUAAAACCAUGGGUUCUUGUGGAUUUUUGAGGCUGGUUCUGCUGCUUGGAGUCUCUGGGGCUUUCUCCGCUGUGGUGCCAUGGACGGAGUUGGAGGAAGCAAAGGCUUAUCUCAAUAAGUUUGGCUACAUGGCCGAUUCAGCCGACCCCAACAACCUGGAAGACAUCAUCGAAGCUCUCAAGGUGUUUCAGAGGGCGAACGAGCUGCCCCCUACUGGAGAACCGGACGAACAAACUCUGGAGGUGAUGAGGAGUCCGCGCUGUGGCAUUGAAGACACAUUCAACCAGAAACAGCACAAGUACAGGGUCAUGGGUCGCUGGAGGAAGCGCUCACUGACGUACAGGAUCAUGUCCUGGACUCCAGACAUGCCACAGGCGGAGGUGCGCGCAGCUUUCCGAGCAGCGUUUAAAUACUGGAGCGACGUGGCGGCACUGAAUUUCAGAGAGGUGGAGUUUGGACGUGCAGACAUCAAGAUCUCCUUCCACAAGAACGAUGCUCUCUGCCCCGUGCCCUUCGACGGACCAGGUCGUGUCUUAGCUCACGCAGAGGCCCCAGAGUCGGGUGUGGUGCAUUUUGAUGAAGACGAGCGUUGGACCGAGGGCUCAUACUUCGGCACAAACCUUCGUAUCGUGGCAGCUCAUGAGGUGGGCCACGCUCUGGGUCUGGCUCACUCUCAGUACAGGAGCGCCCUCAUGGCCCCCGUGUACGUCGGAUACAGGUUCAACUUUAAACUGCACCAAGACGACAUCAGAGGCAUCCAGGCUCUGUACGGGAAGAGGAUCCCCAGUCCACUGUCCAGCCCCACUCCUCCAAUGUACUCUGCCCCCACCCCGAGCUCCGGCCGCGUCCCUGACCCCUGCACAGCCAGACUGGACGCCAUCAUGCUCGGUCCGUGGAGGAAGACCUUUGCGUUCAGUGGAGAUUAUGUUUGGACCGUCUCUGAUUUCGGACACAAUGUUCCCAUCAGGAUUGACCGUCUGUGGAAGGAGCUGCCCGGAAACCUGAACGCCGCUGUGCACUCGCAACGAACCAACAAGACCUACUUCUUUAAAGGUAAUACAGUUUGGAGAUACACAAACUUCCUGUUGGAUUAUGGGUACCCCAAACCAGUGAAGAAGAUCCCUGCCAACAUCGAUGCAGCGCUUUACCUCGAGAAGAACAAGAAACUCGUAUUUAUCAAAGGCUCUAAUCACUGGCAGUGGGACGAGCUGAAGUACAACGACAUGAGCAUGUACCCCAAACUUCUGUCCAUGCUCAUUUCUGGAGUCCCACCCAACCCAGACGCAGCCUUCACGUGGACCAACGGCAAAAUCUUCUUCUUCAAGGGCGACUCCUACUGGCGAGUGAACGAAAUGCUGCGAGUGGACCGAGGCUAUCCGCUCAGCAAAAGAGAGAGGUGGAUGCGGUGCUAGACUUUCACCGCAUGAGGGCGCUGUAGACUGUUUUAUGAAAUGGCAAUAAGACUACACAAGCCACAAAAGCAGCAGUGACCAAAGGGACUUGCCUGGACAUGCGUUUGGUGGACAUAUUAUUAGGGACAACUGAGCUCAUGUGUUUUGUUUGUUUUAAAUCAAAGUAUAAAUUAGUAGCUGAGAUGUGCGGUCCUGAUUCAAUCUUGAGAGUACAAAGAGAAAAGCCCUGGGUUAGUUUUGGUUCAUAAUUGUGCAAAAAUAGGGCUGCUGGAUGAAUCUAUGUCAGCUCUAUGCUCCCACACUUACUGGGUUGUAGUGUAGCAAAUUUUGAUGAUUCUGACUCAUUUUGACUUAGUUAAUUGUCAAUAUCAGUUCUAUUUUUACAUCAGCCAAGAAGCAAUUUGUGAAGAAAAGUUUAAAAAUAUGUUCACAGUUAUAUUAAGUAGAGUAGGAGUCUCCAAACUUUUACCUCUGAUGAGCUACCUUCAGGAAACAAAAAUGCCAGAGAGCUGCUUAUUUUAGUUGCCACAAGAAAUUGAGAAACAAGAAGAGCUAUGGCAUGCUUUGGACAGGGUACAUAAACCAUUAUUCAUUUAUUAGUGCACAAUUUAGGUAUCAAUACAGAUACAUUUACAAAGGUAAUUAAUCAGACUUCAGUUAUUAAGCGCAGUACAUUUAAUUCAGAAAUCCUUUGGUGAGCUACUUGGAAUGGGGUGGAGAGAUACAGGUAGAUCCCGAGCUACAUGGUGAAGAUCCCUGAAGUAGAGAGUUCUAUUUUAGAGAGCUCUGUAUUUGAUGACAUCACACUAGGGAUUUCAACUAAAUAAAGGUAUUUUAUAUUAGUAUAUUAGUUGUCAAAUAUUGUUACAGAGACGUGUUUACUCAGCUGACGCACACAGGUUUUUGAGGUUAUCUUCCUAAAAGUGGAAAAGUCCAACAGUAUCCCAGGUGUGUGAGAGUAAAAAAAACCCUUGUCUUGGUGUAUUGUCUACUCUAAGGAAGGGAAGGCUGUACGUGAGUGACUGAAACAGGUAUAAAAACAAACUAAAUUCUAGGAAAAAAAAAAAAAAAGUUAGAAUAAAUUAUUGGAAGACUUGAACCUGAACCUCAUUGAACUGCUUUGAAAUUUGAUCAACACUUUGGGGCAUCUACUCCGAUUUGUCUUAGGUGUCUGUUUCAUUACAACGGCAUUUAAUUAAAAACCUGCAAACAUGACUGUUGGGAAGUACAAAUGAUAAUAAUGUUUAGUUUGUUUUGCAUAAGGAUAAGCUUCAGUUUGAACACGUUUCAGCAGGUCUCGAUGGUUAAUGAGUGACAAACAUUUGCAUCUUGCUUUAGAAAAGGUGUACGUCAUGUGUCCGGGUGAAGAGAGUGUGGAGUAGAUUACAGUCAGUCAUUUACUUGAGUUACUUUUUAAAGAAUUUGUACUUGUCAGAGUAGUAAAAUAUUGCACAGUUUAACAGUACUCUUACUUGAGUAAAAGUUUUGGUUAUUCUUCUUACUGUGAGUUGGUCUACAAAUGACAAAAGCUUUACAGUGACAAUAUGAAAUGAUUUGAACAUUUGUGUUUCUUGCACCGCUCCUUCAGAUUAGAUUAGUGUUCCAGCUUUUGAAAAUAUGAGGUUUUUAUGUUCAUAUGUUUAAGAUUUUGUCCUUUAAAUCUGUAUAACUUCAUAUUAAAAAGCAGAUGUUACUUGACCUUACUUGACUUCCAAAUGUUGAGCAAAUGUUGAUCUAUUGUUUUGUUUUGCAUUUUGUUUGUGAAAUUAUCCAUUUCUCUUCAGUGACACGUGUCUUUAAUUAUCGGUGCUAAUUCCUUUGGUGAAAUGUAAUGGAGUGUCUUAAAGGGAAGGUUGCAUUGAUGUUGAUAAAAUAAUGUUCCACCCAAACAAUAAAGAUAUGAUUCACUCUUCCAAA